AUAAUGGGCUUCUCGCGUCUGGUUUAGUCGCGUCGCGUCGCUUGCUGGGUGUCACUGGUCGCUCUCCUCCUCUCUCUCAAUCAGUGUGAUCUGGCACCUGUGUGUGUGUGUGUGUGUGUAACCCACGGGAGCCUGUUGCUCAUGAGCGAUCUUCUUGUGAGAUUAUGCGCGCAACUGUACGAUAACGAUCAUGGUCUGCGGUUUAAGAUGAUGAAGAGGACGUUUUUUGGAUAGAUGCAUUUUUUUCUGUGUGUGUUUCUUCAUAUAUCCGCAUCCUCAGCCAGCAUCUGGUGAAGUUUGGGCGCGUUUAAGAUGCACUAUGUGAUGCAUUCGUGAUCUAGUCACCGGCGCGUCUUGAGAAGAACAUCAACGAAAGCAAAGAUCCUCGUUAUUUGUUUCCGCGAUGUCAAACAGAAAAGCAACACUGAAGGAGAAUGGGGUUAAAAACGGAACGUCGAGAAACGUGCUGGAGCGAUGCGCCUCGGUCAAUGAGUAUUUCGAUAUUGCCUUCAAGGUGAUGCUGCUGGGAGACUCUGCAGUGGGGAAGACCUGCGUCCUGGUGCGCUUUAAAGAUGGUGCCUUUCUGGGAGGCAACUUCAUUGCCACAGUGGGGAUAGACUUUAGGAAUAAGGUGGUGUCUGUGGAUAACAUGAAAAUCAAACUCCAGAUUUGGGACACAGCCGGUCAGGAGAGGUUCCGCAGUGUUACUCACGCGUACUACAGAGACGCUCAGGCUCUGCUGCUGCUGUAUGACAUCACCAGAAAGUCCUCCUUCGACAACAUCAGAGCCUGGCUAACUGAAAUUCAUGAGUAUGCACAGAAGGAUGUGGUCAUCAUGCUGCUCGGCAACAAGUCAGACAUGACCGCUGAGAGGGUGAUCACGCAUGAAGAAGGACAGCAGCUGGCUAAGGAAUAUGGAGUCCCUUUCAUGGAGACCAGUGCCAAGACCGGUGUCAAUGUGGAACUGGCUUUCCAAGCCUUGGCAAGAGCACUCAAGCACAGAAACAUCCAGAAGCCCCACGAGCCCAAGUUCAAGAUCCACGAUUACAUCGAGUCACAGAAGCAGAAGUCCAGCUGCUGCAGCGCCAUCAUGUGACCAGCUCCAGGCGUCAGAUGUCCAUACACAAAGAAAUGUGCUUUGUCGUGAUCCCCCGAACCCCUGUUUGCUUUAUAGUCAGGAAUAUACAGCCAAAUACUGCUGAGGUGCAUCAGAGUAGUACGUUUCUGCUUUAUGAACUGUAUUAAUCCAGGUGUGUACAGUACCCAGGUGUGUCUGAUUAUUACAGGUGUGUGUGUUUGUGUAACGUGGUUUCAGGGUUUCUUCUCUAAUGGUUACAGCAUCUAUCUACACAAAGUAUCAAAUAUAUUAGUAUUGAGUUACAUUAUAUCCCACACAAAUGUGUUUGGGUGGUGAGCUUGUGUCUGUAGUGUUUUGGUAAGUAUUAUGUUUACAAUCAGUGUAUAUUGACUUAAAAACAAUCAUAACACAGCUUGACCGAGUCAGGCCUGAUUAUGAGGUAAUAUGGGAUUUUUUUUUGCUUUGGCGUACAAGCAUGUCACACUUUCAUACCUGUCACACUCACUGUAUGGCUUAGAGAUUGAUGUGACAUGUAAAUCUGGAUUGUAUCGUGCAAUGUUUUGAUUAGUCUUUACAUGUUUCACAGUGUUCACAAAAGUGCCAUGUGAAAGAAAGCCCAUUGGUUUUUUCAGUGCAUCGGGUGUUUUCCAUCGUUUCAUUUAUUUAAUAUUUAAAGCCACACGGGGGCGGUAUUAUACUCCGAGAAUUACUAAUAAAUAAUAAUGACGCUAAUGAUUUAAUUGCCUUACCUUUGCAAUUUCCUGUCCUGUACUUUUGAAUAAUAAAGUGUGUCGUGAACAUCAGGUUAACUUAUUGGUUUCGGUUUGAGAUGAGAAGAGGAACGUAUUUUAUCUGAAUGAAUAAAUGCUUGUGUUGUACUGUUCCUUGUAAGUUGUUUUGCAUAAAAUAAUCUGCCAAAUGAAUAAAUGUUAAUGUUAUUUGAUCUUGGCGGGA